UUUUGAAAACCAUUUCUUUCCUUUCACACAAACGAACGACGUAGAAUUUCAUCGCACAUAACAGGCAUAUUCUUAGGACGUUCACUAUUUGAUACAUUCUAUACACAAAAAUACUACAACUGCACUCUCAAUAACUUAUCAUAAUCGCGAGCAUGAGUGCGCCACCUGCUAAGUUCGAUGCCGAAAAGGCAGACAAUUUUGAAGAUAUUGAGAAACAAUUCGCAGUCAAAGCUGUUCAACAUAUGUCCACAUAUUGGGCAAUCCUCGAAAAAGUCCGCGGAUCCUCUCUCAGACUCACAAAAAUCGACAACGAGAUCUAUGAACAUCUGAUGAAGGAUUUUCCAGAACUUGAUCCAGCAGCCACAAUCAAUGAGGAUGAAAUGAAGAGCAAGACAGGAAAAGAGAGAUGGAGAAAUUUCAUGAUGAAGUACGAGAAGACCGUGGAGGAUUAUAAUUUCGGAACGAUGUUGAGAACGAGUCCAAAGUCUGAAUAUGAACAAGACGCGACCAUUUUUGUCCCAAGAAUGCAAUUCUAUGCUUACGAGAUUGCAAGGAACCGCAAAGGUCUGAAUGAUUGGAUCUACGAAAAAGAGCACCCAGAGGCCGAAAAGAAGGCUGCUUAGGAGCAUGAUUCAAAUAAUAAAUUUCGUUUAAAAACAUUAUACCCUCGAUCACCAGAAAAUAUAUUUAGCCUUGUAGUCUAUAGCUAUGGUGGAAUUCAACACGCGAGAACUCGAAGUCGACUCUUUCUCAUAGACCAACGUCGCAAGUACCAUUCGUUUGAGAUUUAAGUUUCUUGUCUUUGAUCUGCUUUCCAAAUUAUAUACAGGUCAAUGUACUUGGGCAUUUGUAGCCAGUGCUUUCGUGAAUCUAACAGAUAUUCGAUCUGAGCAAAGAAAACCUGUAACUCUGCAAUCCCCAGUUUUAUUUUAUUAAAUCCACAAC